AUGCUGAUUGUGGGCCCCCAAAUUUCCCUUAAAACUUCCCCGCCCUUUCUAUUCGAUUGCAGAUCAACACGCACAACACUCUGUUUGGAUACAGCAAUUUGUGAGGCCUCUGAUUCUUUCUACUGCGCAGCACAGGAAGAUUUUGCUCUGUUUGUAAGUUCAAUGGCAGGAUCAAGAGUAACACACACAAUAGUGACACCCUUAACUGUGGUAAUAUUGAGUGUGGUGGCCCUCAUGGCUGCUAUGGGAAAGCAGGGUGUGAUGGCGCAAUCAGGCUGUACCACCGCCCUUGUGAGCUUAUCGCCGUGUCUGAAUUAUAUCUCGGGAAAUCAGACGACCCCUUCUCAGGGGUGCUGCACUGCCCUUGGUACCGUAGUGCAGAAUAAUCCGUCUUGUCUGUGCCAGCUGCUGACUGGUAAUAAUUCGCUGGGGAUUCCCAUUAAUCAAACUCGAGCUCUUGCCAUGCCCGCCGAAUGCAAAGUCUCCACGCCGUCUGUCAGCCAAUGCCAAGGUUCAGGGGCUCCUACAACUUCCCCUUCUCCCACAACUUCAGGGGUUCCUCCUAGUUCCCCGUCUGCCGGCAGUUCUGGAACUCCAACUACGGAGACACCCCCAAGUUCGAAUCCCACCCAGAACAAUUCAGCUUCGAACAUUUGUGCAUCCCCUGUGCUUAACGUCAUAACAGCGGUGGUAUUGGCUGCAGUUGUGAUGUGAAGAUAUAUUUGUGUUUGAGGCAUUGAAGUAUAUCCUGAUAUUAAGCAGCGUUUCACAUAGCAUUGUCAUUUAUAUUUUAUUUGUCUUGUAUAAUUUAUUUUUAAUGAUUGUAUGAUUCCCCUACUUUUAUAAUUGAAAAAACUAUUUUAAAUUGAUAGUCCAUUUGGAAAGAAACCAGGCCUUGUUAUACGGAAGCAAGGGUGGGACAUAGAGUAGAGGUUCAAGCUUCUCAAUCUGAUCAUGAUAUUGUAAGAUUCUAUGAUAACUCAUCAAUAUUUUCAACUGAUAAGGAUGAUAAAGUGAGUUUUUUUAUUUCACAAAUUUGUUUUCUUCUUAAUGAAAUUAAAAUUUGCCUCU